UUAUAUUUAUCUAGGAAAAAAAAAAAAAAAGACCACUACUGAGAUACACUGAAAGACCUAGUAUGAUGGAGAGAGUCAGUAUUUUUCAGGUUAGGAGGGCACAAUAUUCUAAAGCUAAUAAAUUUACCAUAAUAAAUGUACAGCCAAAUACUAAGAUAUUUUUCAAUGUUUCAAAUAAUUAUAAUACUUCAGCAGUACACACAGACUGAUCAACAGAACAGUGAGAAUUCAAGAAAUAAUUAUAAGUGAACUUUUCCAUAUAUAAACAAUUAAUUUCCUCAAACCCGUUGAGAAAAUAUAUGUUAUACUGAUUAGCCAGCCUGUUAACUUUUUAAAAAUUAAUGCUCUAUACAAGAAACCAAGUCUGGAUUAUUAUAGUUUAAAAUUUUUUCUUAAAUGGUUCUACUCAUUAUGAGUAAAAUAUAAUAACUGUUGUUGAAAAUGAAAAUUGGUAGCCCUUUGGCAGUGGAAGAGAAUUUAACCAUAUCCCUGGAAGAUCUUUAAAUUCUCUAUUCUAUUAGCACAUCGUGUUCCACUUCUAGGAAGUUAGUGUUUGGAACAUAUCCCCCCCCCCCCCCCCGCCCCCGCCAUAACAAGGAGAAAAACCUUUACAAAAUGGUAUAAGCUAAUGCAAAUACUGUUAGUAAAAGAAAAUGCAUGCAUAUAUGUGCAGAUAAAAACAGCAUAUUUUAUUCUCUCUUUUUCAAACGUAUCCUCUACAGUGUUAAAGUUGUGUUGUUUCACGAGGAUGGGACAAGAGAGAAGAAGAAACAAAGAGCCUUUGGUCUUGAGGCUACACUCGGUGAACAAAAGCGAGCACCCUGGCAGCAGGCUGUUCCUUUCCAGAUCCCCUCCUCCAACCGAGAGGGACUUCCCGCCACAGUCUUCCGGUUUUCACUCCGGUCCGCCGAGGUUACCGAUAAAAAGGAGCUGCGCGGCCUGGAAGCAGUUUUGUGCUUUCACGCUUGCCGAGAUGUCUGGUCGCGGCAAGGGCGGGAAGGGCCUGGGCAAGGGGGGCGCCAAGCGCCACCGCAAGGUGCUGCGCGACAACAUCCAGGGCAUCACCAAGCCCGCCAUUCGGCGGCUGGCCCGGCGCGGCGGCGUCAAGCGCAUCUCCGGCCUCAUCUACGAGGAGACCCGCGGGGUGCUCAAGGUGUUCCUGGAGAACGUGAUCCGCGACGCCGUCACCUAUACGGAGCACGCCAAGCGCAAGACGGUCACGGCCAUGGACGUGGUCUACGCGCUCAAGCGCCAGGGUCGCACCCUCUACGGCUUCGGGGGCUAAAGACCAAAGUAAGCUUGGAUUCUUGUUGCUCACCAAAAAGGCCCUUUUUAGGGCCCCCAAGUUUUCCCUGGAAGAGCUUUAGUGCUUGUCUACAAACGGGUCACUUCGUAGGGCCUCUGUGUAAGCUUUUAAUGCCGCUUUGGGUAGUUCUUAAUACCAGCAAAAUGACCAGAGGCCCAGGUACUCUGACUUUGGUGGCCUGAAUUCCUGCUGGCCAGCCUUUUUUCGCUACGCCAUAGGAAUCGCAGGGAAUCUGGUAAGAUUCUGGAUCAUUAGUCUAAUCCAAAGUCUCAAAACUGUGGAGAUUUAGAUCUAAAGGGCCGCACCCAACGCUAAUUUUCUAUUCUUUUGAAUUUAGACCUUAAUGUCAGGGUGAAGGGUAUAAGCAAAGGAAUAAGAUCCACACAGCAGACACCUUAAGAAAUGUGGUGUUUGGUUAAGCGGAGCUGCAGGGAGCUCUAGCAAGGGUCUUGAAAAUGUAUUGCUUCUCUACACUGUAGGACCUAGGUAAAACAUUUUAAAGUAGGCAUCUCUAUGCUGGAGAUUUUUAAGUUGCUGUAUUUCCCAUUACAAAUCACACUGCUAUGGGCGUUGUACACAGCUGUACCUUUCUCUGAGUGCAGAUUUAGGAGGGGCGUUGCUUUAAGGGGGUCUGCAUUUUGAACAUGAAAUGAGCAACUUGUGUUCCGGGGUUAUUUUUGUUUUAUACCCCCAUACUCCACAAGUACUGAGUUCCUGUUACUCCCCAUCUUCAACAUUUCACUAGUGCAGACUAAUUUUCUGCCAGUCCACAUUUGCUAAACUAAAUCUCAUGUAUUUAAGUUGCGUUUCUUUGAUUAUAAUGAAGUUGUUUAGUUUCUUACAAGCUUUUUGGCUAUUUUGGAGACAUGUUUAAUAAUGUUGGGUUUAUAGUUUCAGUAGUUUUUGCAAAUGAUGCCUGUUCAUAUAGGGGUUAUUUCCAUCUCCCUUAAUUUGCCAAAGAACUGCAGGCAUAAGUAGACCAAAAAAUUGAGGCUGCUUAUCUCAUUUGGGUUAGAGUAAGGCUUUUCUGAAAUUACUGAUAACAGACUGGUCUUCCUAUUUUCUUAACAAGCAAUGAUUGAUUAACCAAAAGCCUAAAAUUUGCAAGGCACUGUAACAGACAAAGGUAGAGUGAAAGAGAAGAAACCAUGCCUAUAAGUUAAUUCAAGUUUGUGCUAAAUGCUUUCCAUGGAUUCUUAUAUAAUAAUCUGAGAUAGAUUUUAUUUUAAAUUGGCAAAAUAUAUGUGCUGACAGCCAAGUCAACCAAGUCACAAAUGUUAUAUUCUAUAACCCAAACCUGUAAUAUUUUUAACCACUCUCUGGGUAGCUAGAGAAGCCAUCACAGAGAGUGGGUUGCAGUCCUGGUCCUUUCUAUGGUGCAGAACUGAGGAGAGCUUCCAGACAGGUACAAGAUGUGCCUCUAUCCCAAUCUGAUCCAAUUAUUCCAAUCUUUUCUACAGUAGGUCUGAUUGGGACUGAGAAAGUCACUUAUUCUCUCACUCUGUUCACACAGAUUUCAUACUGGCUCUGGAGAGCACAGAAUUUAGCAGCUGAAAUCACAAAGU